UUUCUGGUUCGGUCUAAGUUUUUUCCGGUUAUUGUCGGUUUAAUUGGCCUCUGGUUUGUUCGUUUAAUUACCUGACCGGACAAGCACUUCUGCAGGCUCUCUCGUCUCGAUCGGGGAAAGAUGGGAACGGCAGGGCAGUGGCUGGAGGAAGCGCUUGUGGAUCUCUGCCGGAAAACAGACUCCGGCUUGGAUUUGGAUCGUGACCUUAUCUCCGGUCUCGUGUCUUAUUGCGAUCUCGCUCAGCCUCUCGAUGCUAAGGAGUAUCUCGACAAUAUUGUUGGAAGAGAAGUCGGAAAAGGCAUCAUCGAAGAAUAUCUGCAACGAAGAGGCUACUCAGAUCCAGGCAGCCAAAUAACAGAAAGUACAGCACCGGGACUGCAAAUGUAUGUAAAGCCCAAGUCGGAUAAUGGUGCUUCCAGUGGGACGAAGAAUACAUUUAAAGCACCAAAAGAGGGAGCACCCUCUGCUCGUCAAGGUGGACCUGGGAAGGUGACGCAGCCUGCAAAUCAAGCAGAGCCGAGGAACGAUUCUGCCUUGGCUACUUACCAGGAGAAUGCAGCAAAGGGCGGUAAUUCCAAGAAGAAGAAGGGAGGAAAAGUCAUUUCUCUUGCAGAGGCAGCUAAAGGCUCGAUAGUUUUUCAGCAAGGAAAGCCGUGUUCAUGCCAUGCUCGCAGGCACAGAUUAGUGAGCAAUUGCUUGUCUUGCGGGAAAGUUGUGUGCGAGCAAGAGGGAGAAGGGCCUUGCAGUUUCUGCGGGGCGCUUGUGCUGAAAGAUGGAAGUACUUAUGCGGGUUUGGAUGAAGGGUUUACUCCUGUAUCUGAUGCCGAGUCAGCAGCUGAAGCUUAUGCGAAAAGGCUCGUUGAGUAUGAUAGGAACUCAGCUGCUCGUACAACGGUUAUUGAUGACCAGAGUGACUAUUACGAGAUUGAGGGCAAUAGUUGGCUGUCUAAUGAGGAAAAGGAGCUUUUGAGGAAGAAGCGAGAAGAGAUUGAAGAAGCUGAACGCGCCAAAAGAAGCAAAGUGGUCAUGACAUUUGAUUUGGUUGGCCGUAAGGUACUGCUAAACGAAGAUGAUCUUUCAGAACUGGAGUCGAAAAACAGGAUCCUGGGGCCGCCAGACAAGAAAGAGGUGAAUAGGAUAAAACCGAACCCAACUGCAAGGCUCAUACCGAUUUUCAUGGACCCGGGUCCGACUGACAAGAAGCCAAGCAGAAGCAGCAGCUCCAAGAACAGAACUGGAAACAGCGGGUUAUGUCUGGAGAUCACAGGAAGAGUGCAGCACGACAGGAGUGAGCUUAGGUACUUACAAUCGAACGCCGAGCCAUAUGGUAAGAAUGAAGGGCUUCACAUGGAAGAUGGGGGAGAGUGUUCUCUUGAUUAUGAUUGAAACUGAAUAGAUGGAAGAUGAUGGUGAGGUGAACAUUACAGAGGAUUAAAUCCAAACUUUUUUGUUCAAUGUUAAGGAAGAACAGGCUUCACGGUGAGAUUACAAUUUCACAAGAUUCAAAGAUUCAGUGGGACACAUAUAUAUACAAGUAUGUUUGCCAA